AUGGCUGACUUGGCAAACACUCAGCUUACCAUGAAAAGGGAGUUCGAGGAGAGUAUGAAUUCGUUGAGGGUAGGGAUGAAUUUGUUGAGAGACUUAUUGUUAUCGAGAUUGGGUGAUCUCAUGGAGAAUGGCAAGAAGGAGAGGAAAGAUGAGGUUGUUGAAGUAGUCAACAUUAGCAGCGACAACUCCUUCUCGCUGACAGCAAGGAGUAAGCCAAAGAUGACAAGCACUGCCACCAAGAGAAAGGGAAAUGAUGUUUUGAAGUCUCCUGUGAUCGGACCCUUCACCAGUACACAACAUGUAUCAAAAAGGGAUAAGCUUCUAAUCAGGCAUGCAUUCGAUCCGUCAAAGGACGCAAGUGAGGUGUUGGUCAAAUCACCAUGGUUUCAUUUAAACUGUGCAGAGUUUAAGGUGCUAUUACCUGAAACAUGGUUGUCUACCCAGAUUAUGACUAUGUGCACACACUUGUUAACCUUAGAGGACUUUUGUGAGAAGAGACGUGUGCAUUGGUUCUUACCUCCAACAUUUGGUGUAAGCAAGGCUGGAGGUCGUGUGUUUGCUUACUAUGAGGAGACCCUGAAAACAAUGUAUGGUGCAGAAGAAUUCAGUGACUGUGAGAAGAUUUUUGCCCCUGUGCUGGUGGACAAACACUUCUUCCUAAGUGUGUUUGACCUUAAUCAAAAGGUCAUUCAAAUCUGGGAUUCAUUUCCGAACUACUUGGAUCCCAUUAUGAUGGAAGAAAAAGUGAAACAAAUCGCCAAUGAACUGGACUUGCUGUUUUAUGUGGAGAUCAUUAGAAGAUAUGCCUGUGACAUGCUCGUCUCUUUCACUGUUGAGAUUGUGGUUAAUGCUCACAGGCAACAGUAUGGGUUUGAUUGUGGACUGUUUGUGCUAAAAUUGAUGAGAAGCGGUGGCAGUUUAGAUGAUUGUUCGCGGGGAAUGAGAAAAAGGUUUGACAAUGAGGAGGAGAGGAUUGAGCUAGCUCUUUUUAUGCUGAAUAACAAAGACAAUGAGAUUGGAGAUGAAAUUUACCGAAAUUUAGUUGGGCAAAUUCAAAGUGGUUGA